AUGGUUCUAUCAGUUACGGAGAAAGCGUAUUUGUACGAAUCACUGUCCGCAGUGCCGCCACUUAGACCAGAUGGGCGGGCAGCACACCAGUUUCGUCCAGUGGAGCUUUUCACUGACUUCUUGCCCACGUCCAAUGGGUCAUCCAAGAUAGUGGCCAGCGAUGGCAGCGAGUGUAUUGUGAGUGUAAAGGCCAAGGUCGUUGACCAUACAGUUGACAACGAGUUUCUCGUGGUGGACGUGGACAUCGCAGGCCACCGUGACGACUCUCAAUUUGUGCUGAGCAUCGGGUCGAUCCUCACCAAAGUUCUCACACAACAAUUAGAACAACGCGGACUGCAACUCACUCGCAAAUACAGUUUCAAGCUUUUUAUCGACGUCUUGGUUCUAUCGAGUUACUCCCAUCCACUCAGCUUGAUAUCGUUUGCAAUCUAUGCAGCGCUGAACUCCACCUACCUGCCUAAGCUGAUCUCAAGCGAUGACGACCUUGAUGUGGCUGAGCUACCUUUGUUUCACGACUAUGAUCUUGAAAAACUGGACGUUAGGGUACCCCUGUUGUUUACAGUUGCGCUCGUUGGGAAUAACGUGCUCAUAGACCCUGCAUCCAAUGAAAGUGACGUGGCCAACAACGGGCUCGUUGUUACUUGGAGUAAUGGUAAAAUUGGUACCCCCAUAAUGACUAUUGGCCUAAAUGACGAUAACGUCAAGGGUUUCGGGAGCUCUCACAUACGGACCACGCUAGAAAUGAUCGAAAAAUGUGCUCCGCAAGUAGUUAAGGCAUUAGAUGGUAUUUAA